GGAACUGAGUCAACGCAUUUUUUCCCGAGCGAGAAGGGAAGAGGGCGCAGGCUAGCCGGCCCUCGAGAAUAGCCGCUGUCGGUGCUAAGUCAGCUACUUGGCUAGCUGGGCGGAUCAGCUAUCGGGACGAGUUGAUGUCUUCGGAAGAAUCUGACAUUUCUCGGCGCAUCUGAGUUCGCUCGACGUUAAUUCACCGUUGGAGGUCCAAGGGGAAAAAAAACCAACAUGUCGGACGCUACGGUGGCCGACACUCGCCGGCUGAACUCCAAGCCCCAGGACCUGACGGAUGCUUACGGUCCCCCCAGCAAUUUUCUAGAAAUUGACGUUUACGAUCCACAAACCGUUGGAGUUGGACGGAACCGUUACACAACUUAUGAAGUUCGUAUGCGGACAAACCUUCCUAUAUUCAAGCUUAAGGAUUCUUGCGUGAGAAGAAGAUACAGCGACUUUGAAUGGCUAAAGAAUGAGCUGGAAAGAGACAGUAAGAUUGUAGUACCUCCUCUGCCAGGCAAGGCCCUGAAGAGACAGCUGCCAUUCAGAGGUGAUGAGGGCAUCUUUGAGGAGUCCUUCAUUGAGGAGCGGCGAGUUGGCCUAGAGCAGUUCAUCAACAGAAUUGCAGGUCACCCUUUAGCCCAGAACGAGCGCUGUCUUCACAUGUUUCUGCAAGAGGAGAGCAUCGACCGUAACUACAUUCCUGGAAAAGUACGACACUAGGGUUGCCGAGGGAAAUGGGGAGGUGGGGGUUAAAAGUUAUGAUGUAGAGGGACUGUUUUCUGCCUUUCUCCCUCUCUGCGCUUCACCUCUCUUGAUCUCUCAUGCUCUUGUGCUCUCUCUGUCUCUCUUUCUCUUUCUGUCGAUCUUUCUUUCUGUGUAUACCAAUUGUAAAGUCAAUCACAUUAUCUUGGAGAUAUAGUACAUUAUUUUACUAUACAUCAGGACAUGUUGAUAUAUUUCAAACAACUCUGUGGUUCUCUCUCCCUUGUGCAUUUGUAAAAUAUGGAAAUCCCCCUCUAGUUGUGAUUGUAUCAUGAGGAUUUGGUUUUCUUUUCACUACUUUCAGAAAAAGAAAAUGUAUAAUACAUUCAGUCCUUCUCCCAAGUGUCAUAAAUUCCUGAUUGUAAUAUAAUGUGAAUAAAGUAGAAUGAUGUCCA